AUGGCGAUGGCGGCGCCCAAGCUCAUGGUGCCAGGCCUGUGCCUGCUUCUGCUGAUCAUGCCGCUCCUCUUGCUCCCUGGUAAGCCUUGCCUGAAAGAAAUUCAUCCAUCUGAAGAACACGGCACUUCAUCGGUGUUCCUGUUCCUGAGCAGAUGUUAUGCUGUCCUUUUCUCAUCGUGCAAAGAAGAAAAAAAAGGAAAUCUGAUGAUGCUAUGCUGUCCUUCACCUGCAGGAUCUCAAGGGGCGACUUGCAAGGAGCUGAGCAAGACCUAUGACUCUCCCAACUGCGAGACCGGCCGAUGCGUGGAGCACUGCCAAGUGGAGGGCUACGGUAGCGGGGUGUGCCAGGGGAGCUACUUCGACCCCUACAAGAUACUCUGCUUCUGCAACAAAAACUGCUGA